GUAAAAGUGUAAGAAUGCCACUCGUUUCCAACGAAUUAAAAGCGCCUCUUGUUGCGGACCUUGAUGUUUCUGCUUUAAACGCACAACUGAAGGAUUACAUUGAUGAUAAUAUUUUUUCUACUUUUAAUGAAAAAAUGGAAGACAUGGUUAACAAAAAAUUACUCGAACUGAAAGACAGUAUGCUUCACGAAUAUUCAUCAAAGCUGGAAAAAUCGCAUACCAGAUAUGACCGUAAGUUAUCAGAAAUGCAUUCUGAGUAUGACAUUAGAUUUUCAGAUUUAUCAGAGAACCAAAGUGAAAAUGUAACCAAAUUCAUGAACAAUGUUCUGGAAUGGCAAAAUACUAUGAUGCAAUCUAUGAAAGAACACAGUGGAUAUUUGCAGAAGUCAAAGAUUGAAUACAAGAAUCAGGUAUCUGAAAUAUUGCGAAAUUAUAAAGAUCAGACAUCCCAAAUAUAUAUGGAAACCAUUACAAAUUUUACUGAUUUUAAAACGGAUAUGGAAGAGUGGAAAAAUGACAUGGUCGCUGAUCUCAUUAAAGCUGUAACAAUGAAGUUUACACAAUUGGAAACGAAAACGAUUGAUGAUAUGGAUAUGAUGAAAGCAAAACUUCAAAGAUUUCAUGAUAUUUUCCCAGAAGACGUCCGUGAUUGUUCAGAUAUAAAUUGGUAUACUGGUGUUUAUAAUAUAUCACCCGACAAUUCACAUACAUUUAAAGUAAGAUGUGAGACAGGAGGCUGGACGGUCAUCCAAAAGCGGUUCAAUGGAGUAACAGAGUUCUACAGAAAUUGGCAAGAUUAUGAAAAAGGAUUUGGUGACCUUAAUGAGGAAUUUUGGUUAGGAAAUAAGUAUAUCGCAAUGCUGACAUCACGAAAACACUAUCAACUGAGGAUUGACCUGGAAGACUGGAAUGGUGAAAAGGCUUACGCUCUCUUUAAAACAUUUAAAGUCGGUGAUCAAUCCACCAAUUACAAACUGACUAUUAGUGGCUAUUCAGGAAAUGCAGGUGAUAGUAUGACGUAUCACAGUAAUAUGCCUUUCUCCACUUACGAUCGUGAUAACGAUAAGGAUAGUAUUAACUGUGCCGCUCACGAUACAUUGAAAGGUGCAUGGUGGUAUAACGCUUGCUGGAGUUCCAGUUUAAACGGAAAAUAUUCAAAAACCAUUUCAAAAGGUGGAAUAAGGUACUCGGGUUGGAAAUCAGGUGAAACUAUGAAAAAGUCUUCAAUGAUGAUCAAAAGAACUUGAAAAUAAACAUUUAUUAUAAACUAUGUCAGUGGGUUUAAAUUUCUGCAAGUCUAACUUCUUUUUUAACACUAAUUGGUGUUAAGAAUUUUUCAUUAUGAUUAAUACAAGUAUAUUUAUAAACACAUUUAGAAUUAGGAUUCAGAAACACGCAUUAUAUUAAUCAUGUUAAUAUGUCACCUUAGGCAUAUAAUUGUUCUAAAAAGCUAUUUGAAACAAAAAAAACCUCUUGGUAUGGAUCAAUUAAUAUUUUAAGGGAAAAAAUGUCAGGCAUAGAAAAACAUAUUCUUGAAAAAUAUUCAACAUUUAAACUACACUGUGGCCAGAUAGUUAAGGGAUACUAUACUGCAUUGUGGAAAAAACAGCUAGAUAUACAUAAAGCUGGUAAACUACGAACUUAUGUAACAUUCAAGUGCAACUUCGGUUUUGAAAAUUAUUUGUCAAUAAUUCGACAUUUUGAGCAAAGGAAAUGUAUUACUAUAUUAAGAAUAUCUGCUCACAAAUUGCAAAUUGAAUCUGGUAGAUACCAGGGUACUCUUCGACAAAACCGAAUUUGUCUCAGGUGCACCUCAGGUGAGGUUGAGGAUGAAGUUCAUUUUUUAUUUAAAUGUGAUACUCAUUUAUUAAAAAGAGAGGAAUUGAUGCAAAAUAUAUUAAAAUCAUGUCCAAACUUUCAAAAUUUAAAUAUUGAUAACAAAUUAAUUUGGAUAAUGAAUAAUGAGGAUCCCAAUGUACUAUUUGCAUUUUACAAAUAUAUAGAAGAUACUAAGAAUUAAAGUACAACUUAAUCUGCAAUAACUAAUUCACUAUAACUCUUUAAUAUGAAUUUGGAUAUCCUGUUAAGCCUGCACAGAUCAUAAGAAGAAUUUCAAAUUCUUUGGCACCGUCCCUUGAUGAUCUUUGCUGGCUGGACACAGAAUCUAUAAUCUUAAAAAUAUGCUUUAAAAAUAUAUUUUCAAUAAUUAAGGAGCUUGACUCAUCUGCAUAAAGUACAAGUAGGGACUCCCCUUUAAGCACCGACUCUUGGUGCUUUCUGCAGAUAAGUCAUAUUAAAUAUCCUUUAUUAAAUAUACUUUGUUAUUUGCAGUAUACCUCAUAGUCAUUUUUUAUAUUGACAUUUCUCCGCACAAACUACUAAUGCCUCAUGUUUGUCUUUUUAAAGUGAAGAUACACUUACCGGGUGCACUUGAGUCAAUUUCAACAUAGUAUUCAUUGAAUAAUAAUACAUUGCUACUAUUUUGAGUGUAUUUUCUGUGGUAUAUUAUUUUAUUUUAUUAUUUUUAUAACACUGUUAUAUAUCUUUUAUUAUGUGUGUAUUGCAUAUGUUAAUGUUUAUAAUAAUAUUGUCUGUAUCAUAUGCCCUCCUGGGGCCCUAAUUUGGAAAAUAAAAAUAUUCUAUUCUA